CACCGAAGCGGAAGUUGUAACCCGGAAGUUGGAAAAACUCCCACCCAUGUAUGUCGUCUGAUAUAUUUACUAAAGCUCUUUGGCUAAGUAGCAGCAUUUAUCCUCUCUGUCUGGAGCAGAUGUUUGCUCUGCUUUCCAAAGAAGAUGUUUCCGAGGUCUCCAGUCUUCCCUCACAAGCAAGGGCAAGUUAAUAAUGCUUUAUUCACCCAGCGUAUUUUACCCCAUAACUUAUUCCAACAACAACAACAACAACGAACUGAAGCCCAUCUGAAUGUCACAAACUUACAUGGCCAACCUUUGAUUGUAUUCCCUCAUAUACCAAAAUAUCAGUGGAAAGCUGCGCCGGAAAUUUCUCGCACCACUCCCAAUGGAUCCAGAAAGAGGAAAAGUGAUGGAAACACACAGCAGGACCUCAAGAGGCAGCGCUUCGGUUCGUCCCAUCCGUAUGCACCCCCGGCCAAUACAGGCCCAGUGGCUCGGGGUGAGCAGGUACAAACCGGUGGGUUUGUGAGGGAGGUCUGCUCUCCGAUUCACUCUCCUAUGCGCCAUGUGGUCACCUCUACACCCCAGUGCAGCAUGCCAUUUCUCAGAGAGGAGUCCAGUCAGAGUUCUUUGCCAUCACAUGUAAUCAAAGAUAAGCUGAGCCAACAGAUCCUGGAUCUGUUCCACACUUGUGAGCAGAAGAGUGAGGACUUGGAGAAGAAGGAAUUCUGUCGUGCGAGGUUGCAGACAGACAUUCAGAGGCUCUUCCCAUGUGCGAGGAUCUACCUGGCAGGGUCAUCUCUGAAUGGUUUCGGCAGUCGGACCAGUGAUGCCGAUUUAUGUCUUGUCGUUCAAGAGGGUCCAAUUAACCAGAAAACCGAUGCAGUGUACAUACUCAGUCUUGUGCAGAAGUUGUUAUACAAGCUGUCUUACAUUGAGAGACCUCAGCUCAUCCGAGCCAAAGUGCCAAUACUGAAGUUCAAGGACAGAGGCAGUGGUGUGGAGUUUGAUCUGAACGUUAACAACACCGUGGGAAUCAGGAACACUUUCCUGCUUCGGACGUACGCAUACCUCGAAAAGCGCGUUCGCCCCGUCAUCCUCGCGAUCAAGAAGUGGGCUGGUCAUCACAGGAUCAACGAUGCCAGCCGUGGAACCCUGAGCAGCUACACACUGGUCCUAAUGGUCCUACAUUACCUCCAGACUCUUCCAGAACCUGUCAUUCCUUGCCUUCAAAAGGAUUAUCCAGAGUGUUUCAGCCCUGUAAUGGAUCUUCAUCUUGUACCAGACGGCCCCAAGUGCAUUCCUCCUUUCCUGUCGAAGAACCAGUCAUCUCUUGGAGACUUGCUCCUUGGCUUCCUGAAAUACUAUGCCACAGCUUUCAGAUGGGACAAGUACGUCAUCUCUGUCCGUGAAGCAAAAGCUCUGCCUAAGUCAAACUGCUGGGAGUGGAGAAGCAAUUUCCUUUAUGUUGAGGAACCGUUUGACAGCUCAAACACAGCAAGAGCGGUUCAUGAGAAAAUGAAGUUUGAUGCCAUCAGAGCAGUGUUUACAGAGUCCUGGCAGGUGCUGCAAGUGAGGAAAGAUCUGAACUACAUUUUACCCAUCAGAGAAACAAUGUUGAAAAGAUAACCCCUGCAGUGAUGAGCCUUUUUUUUAUGAAGACAGCUGAACAACCUUCAUGGACUUUGUUCGGCAGUCAUCUUAAACCACUUUUCUUGCAUCACCAUCACCUCUACACUGCACCUGUUCAAGUUAAAAAUAGUGUUAAAUUAUCCGGACUUUGUUUUCUUGCUUAGAUGUGGGCUUUGGGCAGCACUGCAAUGCUAGCCACAAGUUCCUUAUGACCAAAAAGCUGUAGUCUCAUAUGAGCAUCAAACAUGUGUAGAUGAGGUUGUGGCCUUUUGUUGCACAAUGUUUGUAGGAAGCUCUUCAGGUUCUGUUCUCAAACAGGUCAUUAAUCUGUUCUAUAUUUCCUCAUUCUAAUAUAAUUAGUACCUGGUCUCUGAUUCAAUACCGGAUUUUUGACACUAAUUAAUGCCUUAGAAAAUAACAGCAUUAGAAAAUAAGUCACUGGUGUAUGUUGGCGCUUUGUUCUUGCUUUGUUCUGUCACUUCUUGUACAUUCUGUACAGUCUUUUUAAUGUUUAUUUAAUGAAUUAAAAUUACCUUAUUUAAA